GAAAUUAAUAGCCGAGUAAGAGAAAACGUUGUAUGCGCAAGUUCAAAUAAGCUAGCGUGUAACGAAAAAAAAAGAAGAAGCGGUUGAAGAAAGAGAAACCUAAUAUCUCUCCCUGCAAAAUCCAAAUGAAAGGGAAAACGGUUAGAGCAAAUUGGAGCUUGAGAACGAAGAAGUUCGCAUUACCUUCGGUUUUCCUCUUAUGCAUCUUCUUCUUUCUUGCUGGAUUAUUUGGUUCAAGUUUCUUCCAUCAUUCUCAGGAAGAUGAAUAUGGCAUGAGAGCGAAAUUGCUUGAAAAAUCGACGGCGGAGGAGACUGAACAUCGAUUGUUGCAUGCUGGAGAGUCCGGUGAUGAUUUCGUUACUUCAAUUCCUUUUCAGGUUUUGAGCUGGAACCCUCGUGCUUUAUACUUUCCUAAUUUUGCAAGUGCAGAACAAUGUGAAAGCAUAAUUGAGAUGGCAAGGGCAGAGCUUACACCAUCAGAAUUGAGGUUACGUGAGGGAGAAACGGAGGAGGGUACAAAGGGAGUCAGAACAAGCUCUGGUAUGUUUAUUAGCGCUUCUAAGGACAAAACAGGAGUUUUAGAAGUCAUUGAAAACAAAAUUGCCAAAGCAACAAAAAUUCCCAGGACUCAUGGAGAGGCAUUCAAUAUCCUCCGCUAUGAGGUCAGGCAAAAAUAUGAUUCUCACUAUGACGCAUUCAAUCCUGCUGAAUAUGGCCCCCAAGAGACCCAAAGGAUGGCUUCAUUUUUGCUGUAUUUAACAGAUGUUCAAGAAGGUGGGGAGACCAUGUUUCCAUAUGAGAAUGGAUCGAACAUGAACAGUAGCUAUGAUUUCGAGGAUUGUAUUGGUUUAAAAAUAAAGCCACGGAAGGGAGACGGACUUCUAUUUUAUUCGUUGUUCCCUAAUGGUACAAUUGAUCCGACAUCACUCCACGGGAGCUGCCCCGUAAUUAAAGGGGAGAAAUGGGUAGCUACAAAGUGGAUACAUACAGAGAACCUGCUGCAAUUGAGAUCCAAAGUCUUACAGAGAUAGUGGCAUUUAUUAUUUCUAUCACGGUUGAUUAUCGAUAGCCAGAUGAAUAAUCAGGUCUAAAAUCUGAUUAGACGCUGUACAUUAAUAUGAUACAUGCACCGUGCAUAUUAGUUACUAAUGUGAUGUAAAUCUAAAGCUUUUUUGGAGUUACAUAGCCUUCUCUUUUUUGGUUAUACAA